CGAAGGAAAACACCUGUCUCGCUUGGUUUUACUUUUGUCUUUUUGUUUGUUUCAUUCUUUAACCUCAAGCAAGAAUCAUAAUCUGCCCAACCCAAAUUCUUCACCUUUUUAAUUAUAUCCAAAGAACCAAAAUAAAAGGUUUUUUUUUUUAACUUUAUUUCUUUCUGCAUUUUGUUGAUAAAUCAAUGAUUGCAUCAUCAUAACGGUUGGCCUGAUCCUUCCCCAAAAAACUCUCUUGUUCAGUAAUCUCCCUAAAAAGUACUAAUUAGUAAGCGAGAAGGGGAUCUUUGGUACUGUGCUCAAGGUUUUGAGUUGUAGCGCUCUCUCUCUUUUGCUUAAUUCCAAGUGAAAAUGGAAUCUUUACCUUCUCCUUUCGGCGAUCCAGCCCCAAAUUUAUCGGAUUCGGAGCUCCGAGAAACCGCUUACGAGAUCUUAGUCGCUGCUUGCCGCACCACCGGAAGUCGUCCCCUCACUUUCAUCCCUCAAUCUCCCAAGUCCGAUCGGAGCAACGGCGCCGCGUCUCUAUCCGCGUCUCCUUCUCUUCACAGAUCUCUGACAUCGACGGCGGCCAGCAGAGUGAAGAAGGCGUUAGGGAUGAAGAAACGAGGCGGCGGCGGAGACGUCAGAGAAGGAGAAUCGUCGGGUCAACCCGAUCGGGUCAAGAAAUCCGUAACGGUGGGUGAGUUAGUUCGUGUUCAGAUGCGAAUCUCCGAGCAGAUCGAUUCACGGAUCCGUAGAGCUCUUCUCAGGAUCGCCUCUGGUCAGCUUGGGAGGCGUGUGGAGACUAUGGUUCUACCUCUUGAGCUUCUUCAACAGCUCAAAGCCACAGACUUUCCUGAUCACGAGGAGUACAUAUCAUGGCAGAGAAGAAACUUGAAGCUUCUAGAAGCCAGUUUGAUCGCACACCCUCAUGUUCCUUUGAGUAAGUCUGAUAAAUCUGUUCAACAGCUUAAGCAAAUCAUCCGGUCCGGUCUCGAGAGGCCGUUAGACACCGGGAAGAUCACCGGAGAGUCGCAGAAUCUCAGGAGUGUUGUAAUGUCUCUCGCUACUCGUUCCAACAACGACGGGAUUGGUCCUGACACUUGUCAUUGGGCUGAUGGGUUCCCGCUCAAUCUUAGAAUCUAUCAGAUGCUGCUAGAGUCUUGUUUUGAUGUGAACGACGAGUUAUCGGUUGUUGAAGAGGUGGAUGAAGUUUUGGAGCUUAUAAAGAAAACAUGGCCUGUCUUGGGUAUGAACCAGAUGGUUCACAACGUUUGUUUCCUCUGGGUGUUGUUUAACCGGUACGUUGCAACUGGUCAAGUGGAGAAUGACUUGCUUGUAGCUGCUCAUAACUUGAUACUCGAAGUUGAGAGUGAAGCAAAGGAGACCAAUGAUCCUAAGUAUUCCAAGAUCUCGAGCUCUGUCUUGAGUUUGAUCCUGGAUUGGGCUGAGAAGAGGCUUCUUGCUUACCAUGAUACUUUCAACAUUGAUAACGUCGAGACCCUUGAAACGACAGUUUCUCUGGGCAUCUCAGUAGCUAAAGUACUAGGUGAAGAUGCUUCUAGCGAGUAUAGAAGGAAAAAGAAGAAUGUUGACUCAGGGCGUGAUCGGGUCGAUACCUAUAUCAGAUCUUCCUUGCGUAUGGCCUUUUCGCAGACAAAGAAGAUGGUGGAACAUAGCAAGCGGUCAAAAUCUCGUCAGAGCAGCACGAGCAAUCUUCCUGCCCUUGCGACUCUUGCAGAGGAUAUUGGUCAUUUAGCAUUCAACGAGAAGGCGAUAUUCAGUCCAAUCUUAAAGAACUGGCAUCCUCUUGCAGCUGGCGUGGCUGCAGCUACGCUUCAUUCCUGCUACGGAACCGAAUUGAAGAAAUUUGUUUCUGGUAUCACCGAGUUGACGCCUGAUGCAAUAAGAGUACUCACCGCUGCAGAUAAGCUUGAGAAGGAUCUGGUGCAGAUUGCUGUUCAAGACGCAGUAGAUAGUGACGAUGGUGGUAAGUCGGUUAUAAGAGAGAUGCCUCCUUUUGAAGCGGAAGUUGUUAUAGGAAACCUUGUGAAAUCAUGGAUCAAGACCAGAGUCGAUAGACUGAAGGAGUGGAUUGAUCGGAAUCUCCAGCAAGAGGCAUGGAAUCCGAAACUGAAUAAACUUGGCAUUGCUCCUUCUUCCGUGGAUGUACUGAGGAUGGUAGAUGAGACCUUGGAAGCGUUUUUCUUGUUGCCUAUACUUUUGCAUACAGUUUUACUUCCCGAGCUGACCUCGGGUCUCGACAAGUGUAUGCAGCAUUAUGUAUCAAAGGCCAAAUCUUCCUGCGGCUCGAGGAACACGUUUCUACCCGCUUUGCCCGCCUUAACAAGAUGCACCGUCGGUUCGAGACUACACGGUGUCUUCAAGAAGAAGGAGAAGCCAAUGGCGGCUUCUAACCGGAGAAAAUCACAGAUCGGGACGAGUAAUGACUCAGCUGAGAUACUCCAGUUCUGUUGCAGAAUCAACACACUGCAUUACAUCAGGACCGAGAUCGAAUCAUCCGGAAGAAAAACAUUAAACCGUCUCCCGGAAUCCGACAUAGCUGCCUUUGAUGGCAAAGCUAAAAUCUUUGAACAGUCAAUCGGUUACUGCUCCAAAGGAGUACAGCAACUCUCCGAAGCAACUGCUUACAAGAUCGUCUUCCACGAUCUAAGCAACGUUCUCUGGGACGGUCUGUACGUAGGAGAAGUAUCUUCCUCGAGGGUCGAAUCCUUUCUUCAAGAACUCGAACGUUGCCUUGAGAUUAUUUCGUCAUCCGUUCACGAUAGAGUCCGAACCAGAGUCAUUUCAGAUAUCAUGAGAGCUUCUUUCGACGGGUUCUUAUUAGUCCUCCUCGCGGGUGGACCAUCACGUUGCUUCACGGUUCAAGACUCCGAUGCGGUAGACGAGGAUUUCAAGUUUCUAUGCGAUCUUUUCUGGUCGAACGGAGACGGGUUGCCUUUGGAUUUGAUCGAGAAGGUUUCCACGACGGUCAAGAGUAUACUUCCGUUGCUGCGUACGGAUACGGAGUCUCUCAUCGAACGGUUUAAAGCGGUGUGUCUCGAGAAUCAUGGUUCGGACAGAGGUAAGCUUCCGUUGCCGCCGACUUCUGGACCGUGGAGUCCGACAGAAGCAAACACGCUGUUGAGAGUUUUGUGUUACCGUUAUGAUGAGUCUGCGACUAAGUUUCUGAAGAGAACGUAUAACUUGCCGAGGAAGCUAACUUGAGAAUAUGACGUGAAAUCUACAUUUGGGACUUGGGAGGUACACCGGUCUAGUGUGAGAUCUGGUUUAGUGAGAACCGAUUUGGUAUUGAUAAGUUACUUGUACAAGAAAGUAGCAAGAGUUUGCUGUGAAACGUUCGUACUAUUCAAAAGCGUGUAGUUUUUUUUCUGUUACAGGUUAGACUAUUUGUAUAAUUAUAAUUAUAUUUUUAUUUUUUCCUA